ACAAACACAAAGCAGAGGCAGUUCUCUCUCAGUGUCUUUUGCCUCAGACUCGAUCCUGUGGUUUCACAUUAGUCUCUGCAUCAAUAACAAUAUAGUGUUGUGGAGUAAUACAGCUCUGACCGUGCUCUUCACCAGGAUUCUCCAACAUGCUGCUUCAACUGAGGAACCAUUACAAUGAGGCAGCAGGUGUGGGAGAGAUCUGACGAAGCGCGUGGGCCCGUGGUGUGACACAGAGCCGGGGAGAUGAGGAUCAUUCUUCCGGUGUUUGGAGGCGGUGAUGGAGGGGAGCCCCGCAGCCUCCGCAGCAAAAUGGGCCGGAUGGGCAGGAUGAGGAAGCUGCUGUCGCUCCGGACCAAUCCCUGUGUGGACGUGCACAUGGACUCUGAGCCUGGUGUGUGGCUGAGGAGCUUCCAGUUGAUAGACACUGAUGCACAGUAUGAGGACCCGGUGCAGGAGUGGGGGGAGGAGGAGGAGGACGGGGCCUUGUUUGGCAUCACGCUCCGCAGGGAGCCCGUUCAGCCGAAUUCCGAAACGGCAGAGCUGGCGACGGCCUUCAGCUUCGUCCAGUACCACACGGUGAAGGUGCGCCGACUGAAGGCCGCCACCCUGGAGCGCCUGGUCACCCACCUGCUGGACCCUGACCACCAGGAGCCCGACUUCACCCGUGUGUUCCUCUCCACCUACAGGGCCUUCACCUCAACCAGCACCCUCAUCGAGCUGCUGUUUCAGAGAGACGACUCAAUCGCCAACCUGGAUAACACUGUCUGCCCUCGCAGUACCUUACCCCCAGUGAUUCGGCUGUGGCUGGAGGACUACAGCGAAGACUUCCAUGAACCCCCCAACUACCAGGCCCUCAGGCUGAUUUGUGGGCACUUGAAGCAUCGCCUCUGCUUCAGACGUCUGGCUCAGACUGCUGAGAGCCUGCUCAAGAGGCUCCAGGAACAAGAUUGCAACCGGUCUGCGUCACAUCACGGUGGUAAAUCAUUGCAGCAGGAUCCGGGGGACGAGGAGGACGGAGGUGACAUGUCCGCUAAGGAGGAGGACAAACACAGCUUUAUGGACUUCCCUGUUACAGAAGUAUCGGAGCAGCUGACCAGACUGGACGCUGAUCUGUUUGUCAGAGUGGUGCCCUUCCACUGCCUGGGCUGCGUCUGGUCCCAGCGUGACAAGAAAGAAAGCAGAAACUUGGCGCCCACCGUCCGCGCCACCAUCUUCCAGUUCAACGCCAUCACCAACCGUGUCAUCACCUCACUCCUCUGUCCGUCCUCACCCAGCCCUCCCACUUCCUCUCCCAUCUCAUCGCCCAUCUCGUCCUCUCCCUUCCUGUACCCCUCCACGGCCCCGAGCUCACCUCGCUGCACGCGCGCCAGCCCUGCCCACAGAGCAACCAUCAUUGAGAGGUGGAUCACUGUUGCACAGGAGUGUAGAGAGUUGAAGAAUUUCUCCUCCUUGAGGGCGAUCCUGUCAGCGCUGCAGUCCAACGCUGUGUAUCGCCUCAAGAAGACCUGGGCGGCCAUCAGCAGGGAGAGCAAGGCCACCUUCGAACACCUGUGUGACACUUUUCCUGAUGAGAACUGUGUGUUGACCACCAGAGAGAUCCUCGUGGAGGAUGACAGUCCCUCAGAUAGCAGCGUCACCACGGGCUCUAAACCGCGCCUCUGCUCAACGUCCAAACAGAUGAACCUGAGCAGUGGAGUUGUGCCGUACCUGGGCACAUACCUGACCGUCCUCACCAUGCUGGACACAGCACUGACUGACACAGUGGAGGGUGGACUCAUCAACUUUGAGAAACGCAGACGGGAGUUUGAGAUUCUCUCCCAGAUCCGACAGCUUCAGGCUUCCUGUUCCCACUACAGCCUCCCAGUGAACCCUCGUAUCACAGCCUGGCUGCAGGCGCAUACCCUGCUCACAGACCAGGAGAGCUAUGAGCUGUCCCGCGACCUGGAGCCACCAGUUGACCCGUGUCCCAGUUCCCCCAACUCCUGGAGCAGUCGUCUGAUCACGAGGAAGCUCGCCACGUUGCGAUCGGCCAGUGACAGCUCCAUCAGGAAGACCCAUGCUGAUCAGAUCAGUGUGUCGUCCUCUGGCUCCAGCAGUUCAGACAUGGAGGAGCUCUCCGCCCCUCAACCUUCCCCCCUCAGACUCAAACUCAAGUCUCUGUCCGGUUCUCUUCUCGACGUGGCCGAGGACUUCUCCUCCUCCUCUCCCAGCCUCUCCACCUCCUCCUGCAGCUCCUCUCAUCCGGACCUCAGCUCCUCCUCUCUGGCGCUGAGCCCCGAGUCCUCGUCAUCCUCAUCCAGCUGCUCGUCUCAGGCCUCGCUGCCCGUCUACAACAAGCAGGUCGCUGACUCGUGCAUCAUCAGGGUCAGUGUGGAGUCUGUCAGCAAUGGAAACGUCUACAAGAGCAUACUGCUGACCAGUCAGGACCACACUCCUCAUGUGAUUCAGAGAGCGAUUGAAAAACACAACAUGGAGGAUGUCAGCUGCCACGACUUCAGCCUCUGCCAGAUGCUCAACAACGGCAAAGAGCUCCAGAUCCCCGACAAAGCCAAUGUGUUCUACGCCAUGUGCACCACUGCCAACUAUGACUUCGUCCUGCGCCCGCACUGGAGGAGCCACGGGAAACAUACUGGCUCUUCUCUCAGCCCCGGAGCUCCGGCCAAGGGUCGCCACUCCAAGUGAGAAGCUACUGCGGGUUCGAAAUACAACCGGGAGACGGACAAGGUGCUCAUCUGCAACAACAACCUGUCUGUGGUUGUGUGUGUAUCCUCUGCUCACUGUGUGGUCGUCAGUGGAAAGCAGAUAGAGUAUGAGCUGCUCCGCCACUGAGAAGCCCAAGAAACCUGAGAGCUCCGACUCCAAAUAAUGACCUGAGGGAGGGUGAAGUCGUCUGCACUGGGAGCUACGUUGAAAUGUUUCACAUCACACAAUAUUCACGACUGUGAAGAGUGUGAAAAGAAAAGAGACACCAGGAAGAACCUGAGAUGAGAUUUUGAUAUUCUCUGAUCUUUAUCUCUGACAGUGUUUGGAUAAAACAUGACACAUUUACCCAUGAACACACUUACCCAUGAAAAUCACGUGGUGAAUUGUAACCCCCGGUUCACCCUGGAAGAACUCAUCCACGUCAGCCAGCUACAGACGUGAGGAGCAGCUGGUCUGAGGAAACGUUGCUGUGUCAGGACAGUGGAACAUGAUGAAUGAGGCUGUGUGGCUGCAGAGUGAGGCCGUCACGCUGGGACACUGCUUCCACCCUUUUCUUCCAGUGUGUGAUUUAUUGGAUGGGUAACAGGAGCUGCUGAGUUUCUCACCGACACUGAACACCAUGAAGAAAAGUUACUGAGAAGGACUUAUUCUGGGAUGUUCAUAGUUACCUGAUCGGUAAACGUUUCCGAACAGAUCUGGGUCAAAUGUGACCCCCCCCCCCCCCGCCCGCCACUCCUGUACUGUAGUUCUCUAGCUGAGAAUUUAAAUCUUUUAAUUUAACUAAAUGUAAUUUUAUCAACUAAAAUAUUUAAUGCAUUUCAGUAUUCAGCUCUCAGAGCAAAAGUGGUAAUAAUAACGAUAUUUCUGUUUUGGUUUAUUUGAGAUCCUCACUAUUCUUAGAUGUACAUGUCUUAAACUUUGGUGUCUGAUAAGCUCGACUGAAAAUUGUGUGAAUGAAGAGAGCAGAUGUUUACCUUCUGCUGUUGUUGAAUGAAAGAGCCUUUAUGUGAAUGCAUGUUAUAAAACUUUAUAUUCA